ACCACUUCCAACAUAGAGCCCCGCACUUACACCAGAAGUAAUGGCAUCGAGGAGGCCGAGGAUAUCAAAUACAUCGAUAUUGAUAUGUUGUGGCUCUGAGUUGUUGGGCAAGAGUGGACUGGUAGCCGCCCGACACCUCAAAUUAUUCGGGUUUCGUCCGACUAUUUAUAACCCACAGCCGGGAAAGACACCUCAUUAUCACCGACUGAUCAGACAGUGCCAGGAGUUUGAGAUCUCAUUCCUAUCGUAUUUGCCAAACGAGUCGCGACUAAUCGCAGAAUCCUAUGAA